UAGUCGUCGUUGAAGAAUAGUCUCAGGCCGAAUCCGUGAUCUGUAGCCUUCAAAAUCCAAAGAAAAUGGCCUCUCGACGCCCACAAAAUUACGAAAAUGCCAUCCGAAAAUAAAUUGGCCCAAAUCGGUGUUUAAUGGACUUAUCAUCCGUGGAGAAUAGGAUCAAUAGACUUCAUUAUCGGUGGAGAAUAGCCUCGGCCUGAUUUCGUGAUCUGUAGCCUCCAGAAUCGAAAGAAAAUGGCAUUUCAGAAAAAUCGCCCAAAAUCGGUGAUGGUACCCCUUUGCAAUCUGCCAAAAAUUGACCCGGAAUAAAUUCGCCCAAAUCGGUGCUUAAUGGACUUAGUCGUCGUUGAAGAAUAGUCUCAGGCCGAAUCCGUGAUCUGUAGCCUUCAAAAUCCAAAGAAAAUGGCCUCUCGACGCCCACAAAAUUACGAAAAUGCCAUCCCAAAAUAAAUUGGCCCAAAUCGGUGUUUAAUGGACUUAUCAUCCGUAGAGAAUAGGAUCAAUAGACUUCAUUAUCGGUGGAGAAUAGCCUCGGCCUGAUUUCGUGAUCUGUAGCCUCCAGAAUCGAAAGAAAAUGGCAUUUCGGAAAAAUCGCCCAAAAUCGGUGAUGGUACCCCUUUGCAAUCUGCCAAAAAUUGACCCGGAAUAAAUCCGCCCAAAUCGGUGCUUAAUGGACUUAGUCAUCGUUGAAGAAUAGUCUCAGGCCGAAUCCGUGAUCUGUAGCCUUCAAAAUCCAAAGAAAAUGGCCUCUCGACGCCCACAAAAUUAUGAAAAUGCCAUCCGAAAAUAAAUUGGCCCAAAUCGGUGUUUAAUGGACUUAUCAUCCGUGGAGAAUAGGAUCAAUAGACUUCAUUAUCGGUGGAGAAUAGCCUCGGCCUGAUUUCGUGAUCUGUAGCCUCCAGAAUCGAAAGAAAAUGGCAUUUCGGAAAAAUCGCCCAAAAUCGGUGAUGGUACCCCUUUGCAAUCUGCCAAAAAUUGACCCGGAAUAAAUCCGCCCAAAUCGGUGCUUAAUGGACUUAGUCGUCGUUGAAGAAUAGUCUCAGGCCGAAUCCGUGAUCUGUAGCCUUCAAAAUCCAAAGAAAAUGGUCUCUCGACGCCCACAAAAUUACGAAAAUGCCAUCCGAAAAUAAAUUGGCCCAAAUCGGUGUUUAAUGGACUUAUCAUCCGUGGAGAAUAGGAUCAAUAGACUUCAUUAUCGGUGGAGAAUAGCCUCGGCCUGAUUUCGUGAUCUGUAGCCUCCAGAAUCGAAAGAAAAUGGCAUUUCGGAAAAAUCGCCCAAAAUCGGUGAUGGUACCCCUUUGCAAUCUGCCAAAAAUUGACCCGGAAUAAAUCCGCCCAAAUCGGUGCUUAAUGGACUUAGUCGUCGUUGAAGAAUAGUCUCAGGCCGAAUCCGUGAUCUGUAGCCUUCAAAAUCCAAAGAAAAUGGCCUUUCGACGCCCACAAAAUUACGAAAAUGCCAUCCGAAAAUAAAUUGGCCCAAAUCGGUGUUUAAUGGACUUAUCAUCCGUGGAGAAUUGGAUCAAUAGACUUCAUUAUCGGUGGAGAAUAGCCUCGGCCUGAUUUCGUGAUCUGUAGCCUCCAGAAUCGAAAGAAAAUGGCAUUUCGGAAAAAUCGCCCAAAAUCGGUGAUGGUACCCCUUUGUAAUCUGCCAAAAAUUGACCCGGAAUAAAUCCGCCCAAAUCGGUGCUUAAUGGACUUAGUCGUCGUUGAAGAAUAGUCUCAGGCCGAAUCCGUGAUCUGUAGCCUUCAAAAUCCAAAGAAAAUGGCCUCUCGACGCCCACAAAAUUACGAAAAUGCCAUCCGAAAAUAAAUUGGAAGUAGAUUUAUUUGGUUUAGUUGCAACUACGAACAAAAAUUCUCUGAAAAGCCCCUAUCUUCAUCACCGGUUCAUCCAUCCACCUUGCCGCAAACAAUGUCAAGAGCUCUUUGUCUCCGGCGCUCAAUCCUCCACCUCCUCCACCUCCGUCCCUGUCAACCCAUUUCCACCGAAUUCCCCGACAAAGCCGCCGAUCCUUCCAAACCAUCACUACCCAUCAAACCCUAUUCGCACAUUCUCAACCUCCUGCCCCGCGCCGGCUUCGUCCGAAGCUGAGCUCCGGAGGUACCUCGGCUACACAGCUCUCGUGCUCUUCUGCGGAGCCGCCAUUUACUUCUCAUUCCCCUUCUUGGAGAACGCCAAGCACAAGAAAGCCCAGCUCCUUAGGUACGCCCCAUUGCCCAAGGAUCUCCACACCGUUUCCAAUUGGAGCGGCACAUAGCCUUACUUUGCAGAACUUUGCAUCCAUUAGAGAAGAGCAGAUUGGUUGCAUUAUUCAGGUUCUCUCACUGCAUUUCGUCCUUUGGAUGAGAUACUUUAGUAUUGGAUAUUAGGCAAAAGAUGUCUCCUUCUCCAUCUGAACCAUUUAUUAGUUUGAGAUAGUUGGGGUAAUCUGAUGCUGAUCCAUUGCUGCACGCUUGCUAGACAUUAAACCGUCUCCUACGCCAAAAGUAUGCUGUCAAUAAAUCGAGGACGCUUCUGAUCGCGAUGUCAAAAUUAGGUCGGGUCUUGCGAAAUCAAAUCGAUUUUGGAAAUUGGUACUUUCUUCGAUUUGGAGGUUUUGCUGCAUCAAAUUGUUUUGAUUGUAAUCUCGAAAUCGCUAUUAGCUAGAUUGUUGCAACACUCUGGGGUUUAUCCUGACUUCACUUAAGAACUGGUUCCUGAGAGUCGCAGUACACCAUUCCUGUUGAUGAACGUCGUUCAUAUUCAAGCUGAUGGGCGAUUUGUUUGUUUAUAGAAAGGCAAGUUAACACGGCUUACUCGUAGAUGAAUAAUUGAAUAUACUUCUUAGGCUUUCAGUGAAAUUUGUUGACUCUUUGACCGUAAUAAUUUUACGCGAUAAUUACUAUAUUAACGAAUAUAUUGCAUUUCUUUAAUUUUCGUGACAUAUUUGUUAAUUCAAAUAUAGUGGUUAUAUUGAGAAAGAAAAAUUAAAAUUUUUCAGCAAAUGUGACGAUGUCGCUAAAAAAAUAAGAUGAACAUAUAAUAAUUUGUGAAACUACUACUAUAAUAAAAUAAGACGAAUAAU